ACGUUCGUUUAUUGAAAAGUUUAAACAUGUUCAUCUCAGUUCAGCUGCUUCUGUGUACACGACAGGUUUUUGUUCUUCUUCUUCGUCCUUUAGCGUUGCAUAUAUUAGCACCCACACCUUUUCGAAUUAUUUAACUUCAAAUAUCUGGCUUCCCGUUUUCCUCCCACAUGGAAGGGGAUUAUCAACUCACCCGUGACCAUUUUAAAGCAGGACUAGGUUUAAUGAUUUUCACGAGAUAUCUAUAUUUUCAACUGAUAUUUUUAUUCCACUCAACUAACUCGAACCGAUAUUCUCUCUAAUCAAGAUUUUAAUGAUUUAACGAACCUUUUCCAAUUAAUUAGAUGUUUCUGAUAGUCCUUCCGGUCACAGAAAAAUCUGGAAGCCAUGGAUUCCAAACGACCUCGAAAGUUAAACUUCAACGCACCUCUUUUGUCAACAAAGCGUUUUGGUUUUUCAGGUGUUGCAGAUACAUCAUGCUCCUCAAGUGUUCCAUUUUCAUGGGAACAAGCCCCAGGGAAACCAAAAGCCAUGGAGGGGAGUGAUAGCAUCUAUGGAGACAUAGACACCCCGCGGCUAAGACCACCUCCUUGCCUUUGGCAUCCACUAGAAGAAGCAGCCAAAGCUGAAGUAUACACCAAUGUUCUUGCAUUUGAUGAAGAUGAUGGUUGCGAUGGCGACAAUGAAGAAGAUGACGACAAGAAGAAUGAUUCUUUCUCUGAUGCAAUGGAUGUUUUGUCUCUCUCCGAAGCACUAGACAUUAUGCAACAAUCAGACACAGCUCUCAGUGAAAGCAAUAAUGGGUUUAGAUUAAAGGUUUCAGAGUCUGAUGGCUGUGAAUCUCCAACCUACAUGAUCAACCGUUUUCUUCCUGAUGCCAAUGCAUUGGCUGCAUCCUCUGAAGGUUUUCUCAAAGGUUCCACUAAGCACUCAUAUGCUUUUUCUCCAAAAGGUUGUGGCUUGGAAUUUAUCUUCUCUUGGCUUGUGAAGAAUAAUAAGCUUUGUGGUAUAAAGAGUCCUGUCCUCCCAUCAUCUACAAAUGUGCUGAAGAGUCGACACAGUUCAGAACACAAGAAACAUCGUUUAUCAAUUCACAGGCCCUGCAAACAUGUGAAAGAACAUACCUGAGGAAUGCAGUGAUCUACUGGAUUAAUAUUUGGUUACCAAUUUCUUUUCUUCAUUUUUCUUUUUCUUAUCUUCUACUUUCCUGCACAAACAAUAUGAUCAUCUUGUUUAAUUGGAGUACAAAAAAAACUCGAUCCCA